GUAUUAGCUAGCUAGCACGAAGAAACCAAAAGACUGCAGCUCUACUGACCGCCGACAAAGUUUUCUUUGGCGGUUGUCUUGACUGUUGAUUGGGUCUUCCUCAACAAACAACAACCAUAGUCCCCAUCAGCGAUAGAGGCUCAUUGUGCUUAUGCCAGUGGAAGGGCUCCACUUCAGCUGAUUCCGCAUUGGAAGCGCCUCAAUUGCCCAGACCCCUCCAUUCCAAGCGGCCAAUAAUUGCUCUUUCAAUUGGCAUCAAUAAGGAUUGAAUCAUUCGAAAAUGUCCGCCCAAACGGAUAGCACAGUGAAGGAGGUCACCUUGCAGCAGGUUGGAUUCACGCUGGCCACGGGAGUUGCUACGCUUGCUGUAAUAUUGUUCCUCUUUGCCGUGGCUGUUCGCUUGCGCUGCACCAAUAUUGCACCUCGCUGCGAGGCCCGACCAAGGGAGGUGAUUUACAACCCCAACCUGUUGGCAGAACCUUCACAAAAGCGAGGGAACCCAUUUUUCCUUGGAUGGGUUUUCUGGGUAUUGGGUCUUUCCUAUGACCAACUCUUGAGUGGAGUUGAAGGAACUGGAACUAGGAGAGGUGGCAUGAAGGGAGAACUGCUCAAGGUCAAUCUUGAUCACAUCUUGCUUCUAAGGUUCAAUGCUCUUUGUUUGAAGAUUUCGGUUGUGGCCAUGCUAGUUUACUGCACGGUUUGUCUCCCAAUUUACUUUUAUGCCAGAUGCAGGAACGUGCCACUUGGAGAGUUCGACAUCGCAGACUAUCCCACGUGCAAUGCCACCCUUUCAAACAACACUCGAUUCUCGAGUUAUAGUAGAUUUACACUCGCCAAUAUACCCAGUUUGACAGAUGAAGUUUUGACCACAGAUUACCACAUUGCUUCCUUUCAGAUGUAUUGCGUGUCGCUGGCAACCUGGCUGGUCUGCUGGUUCGCCUGUUUUGAGUUAUUCCAUGAAUGGAUCGAUUUGCUGGCAAUGAGACGGGUCUAUUACUUGGAAUACGAUAUGUGGAAAGGUCGCAAGGCUGAGCUCAAGGCAACCAUGCUUAGCGACGUUGAUGGAAUUUCCAAGUCUGGGCGAAGUCAUGAUGAGAUUAUACACGAAGAGAAGCAUCUAUUUGAAAGAGACGCAUGGAUUCCGCACCCUGAACAGAGAGACACACCACCCAACAUAGAGCUAUAUUCGGUUUUAGUGGGGGGUCUUCCUACCAAACCGCAGGAUGCAGUCCUCCCCGAAGACUUAGAGGCCGCGCUGCAAGCGGAUGACAAUGAAACAGACUGGCAAAUGGGAAUUGUCAGCACUUUCUUUGAUAGUUGUGUCCCCAAUCAGCCUGGCUAUUCAUCUUCGGUGGCUGCUGUCACAAUUCUGCCGUCAGCCACGGAGCUUGCAUCGGCAUGGAAGCAUUGGUACAUUGCAAGCAAACAUCUGUCACGACUUCGGUUUAUACGGCAUCGAAUCAUCGAACUAGGACACAAACCAAAUGGCCAAAAGCUGGUUGAUGAUAUCCCAGACAAACGCUCAGAAAGGAGUAGCGACCGAGAAGGAAAGAAGCGGCAACGUGACGACGACGUAUUUGAUUCUCAACGGCGUAAGGAUUACACGGCGGAGAUCCUUGGUGCAGGUGUUGAGGACGACAUCAACGACGAGUUUUGGAAAAGCCUUGACCUUGGACCAGAACAGAUUGCGCAGUACAACCUGGAAUUCUCAAAAGGUUUGGCUGGCUGUUGCCCACAUGGUUUUUGUGAGGAACGGAUCUCUUGGUGUAAGGACAUCGAGACGCUGUACGAAAUGGAAACCGAGGCUGCCGACUUGGUGAGAGAAUCAUACGUCGCAUUAAAAGUGGCGGGGGAAAUUGCGAUGCAACACAAGCAGCGGCAAGGUUUCUUACAUGGAAAGUUGAAAUUGGAAGAUCUGAUCGUGGAAAAAACAGACAUGUUGGAGAAGAACCACUCCCAUCAUCACACAGAACGUAGACUGUUGGAGAAACGAAUACACCAAUCAAAGCAGAGCCAACUCCUGAAUAGCAGCGCAAAGCCUCUGUCACGGCCAACACUUGAACGACAAGAUUCUGAUGAUGCCAGUUUCAAGACUGCUGCAAGCCACAUGAUCGAAUCCAGCCGCGGAGGACUUAGCCGUGGUUUCGAGAGUGGUCUGCUUCGUCGUGCUUCCGUCAGAUCAAACCUGCGAUCGGGUAUCUCCGGACAGGUAGCCAACGAAACUGAAAAUCUCUGGGAGGACGUUGAGAGGAUUGCGUCCGAGUCGAAGAACUUGCAUCGAGGAGAUGCUGCCAUUAAGUAUAAAGUCUCCCACGGAAAAUGGGCUUUGCCAACCUUCGGGCGAGGAUGGCGAGGACUCCGAAAGAAAGUUGCCUCUCUUCUCGUGUGGACUCAAGACAACAGUAACGAAGUAACUGAUGUGAUGGCAAGGGAUACUCAGUACGCUGCAGUUACCUUUACGUCCAGACAAGCUGCCAUAGCCGCACGCAAGUGUUUAGCCGAUGGCAGGGGCGCAAAGAGGUUUCGUGUACUUGAGAACAUCCCGGUUCCACCGCUGGCAGAUUCGGCGGCAUUCAACAUUUGCGAUUGCAGAGGAUUCACAAGGCCAGUCACAAUAGGGCUGAAUGAUCACCAGAAGAAUUGGCGAAAAACAGCAGCGACUGUCGCGAUUAUUUCCAUCUACUUGUUCUACACGUUUCCAAUCACCUGGGCAUCCAAAUACGGAUCGGAAGCCCUCAUUAAGUUAUUUCCUGGACUUCCCGAGUGGGGUCCACUCUCGGAGGGGGACCAGACAGUGAAGGGUUUUUUGGAUGCUCAAAUCUUGACUCUGUUUCUAAGUUUGCUUCCGGAUGUGUUCCUAUGGAUAAGCAACUUUGGCUCUGGUGCAACGAGUAUGGUUGCUUCUGAAAAUGCAGCUCUUCACUAUUUUUGGUGGUUCAUGGUGCUCUUUGCCAUCAUUGGGUCGAGUAUUGCACGAAUGGUGCUUGAUGUCUACGAGCAUGGUUCAGUCAACCUGUAUACAAACAUGAAUAAGAUAUCACAAACCAUUCCUGUCGAAGUGUCGAGUACGUGGUUGAAUUGGAUAAUUUUGAAGACCACCAUUUUCCACCCAUUGUUCUAUCUGCUGCAGGGGUCCACUUGGCUCGCGGCUAUUGCCCGCCAGAAGUGCCUUGUGCGCGUUUUCCGUGGAGGAGGGAGCGGGAACCGAUUGCCCUACAGAAUCUACGUUGAAGGGGCAACCGUGAUUUUGUGUUGUCUGGCCUUUGCUCCUCAAGCUCCGAUCCUGUCUCCGUUUGCGGUGCUUUUCUUCGUGGCGUGUACUCCCCUGAAACGAUGGGUGGUUAUCUUCACCUACAAGCCACCUUUUGAUAGCGGUGGCUCGAGGUGGCCCUUCCUCUUUGACAUGAUUUUGACCAGUAUUGUGGUGGCACAAAUACUACUUUGCGGCAUCAUGACGUUCAAACAUGCCUACGGUCCUGCUAUCUUCGCGUUGUUGCCUUUGUUUCCCGUCUUCAUGUUUCGUCGACAGAUCCAUGAUCGAUUCUUGGAUGCGUACAUGGACGCGGCUCUAUUGCAAACAUCCAUGUUAGAUGGCUGGGAUGUGGGUCCAGAUUCGGAGCACUUGUCUCUUCGUGGCAGGGAAGAUUUCAGGCAAUUCUUGGUUGAUGCGCACAAAGCUUCCUAUGUGCCUGUUUGCAUUGCGGCCGUGAACGCCAACGUAGACAUUGGAAUCACUGCAGAACCGGCGGUUGUGCAACCGUCGCCAAAUGAUGUUCCUGAACCAAGCCCUUGCGCAGGUACGGUCCGUUCGGCGACAAUUCGCGGGAAAGAAGUGGCUGUCCGAGACAGGCGCGGAAUGCUAUUACAUGGCCACACACAGUUUGGUGCUAUCAACAGGAGGCAUCUGGUGUCCUUCGACAAUACUUCAGAUAUGCUUUUGGAUCACCACCAAACACAUCGAAGUCACGAAGAAAGCUACCUGAGUCAAGAUGCACCGGACGAGUUGGAUCCGCUCGUAUCACCCCCCUUUGCGGCUGCCGCGACAGAUUCGGAUGGCACUACGAACAACACCCGAGACGCAGGAUUGAAUGGUGAAGCCCCACGAAAUGGAGAACCAGCCGUUCGGGUCUCUGCCCUUGGCACUCUUCGAGCCAAGCCUGCAGAUGGCGAGACUGGCGAAAUCGAAUACGUGUUCACAUUCCAGGACGACGAGAAAUCUCAGGAGAAAGACCUGCAGUCUCAGGAGCACCAUGCUUGAAAUGAUGCUGCCUUCACAGCUACGUAACCAUGAAUAAGUAGAAGGCCAGGCUCCCUUUCAGCCCCGUUGUUGGCAAGGAGUAAGACUGAUGCACUUUUAGAGUAAGUUACAGAUACAAAUACACACACAAAUAAAUCGUGGUUUCUC